GCUCUGCGGUGUCCGCUUCACUACAGUGAAAGCGUACGAUGACCCUGUCUUGCGGGAAGAGAUCGCAGUCCUACUGGCGAAGACCGCGAUAAAGCCGGUCCCUCCAGCCGAUAUGAGGACGGGGUUUUACAGCCCCUACUUCAUUGUACCCAAGAAAGGCGGUGGGUUACGACCGAUCUUGGAUCUGCGAGUUUUGAAUCGGGCCCUCCAUCGGCUACCGUUCAAAAUGUUGACACAGAAACGCAUUUUCAGGUGCGUCCGUCCCCAAGUUUGGUUUGCAGCGAUCGACCUGAAGGACGUGUACUUUCAUGUGUCCAUCCUUCCGCGCCACAGACCUUUUCUGCGGUUUGCGUUCGAAGGACUGGCAUAUCAGUACAAGGUCCUGCCCUGCGGGCUGUCCCGGUCUCCCCGUGUCUUCACGAAAGUCACGGAGGCAGCUCUCAUUCCUCUCAGAGAGCAGGGUGUUUGCAUUCUCAACUACUUAGACGAUUGGCUGAUACUAGCACAGUCUCGAGAUCAGUUGUGUCAGCUGGGAAAAGAGCAAACUCUCGCCGUUGCAGAGGAUCUCUUUUCUCGGUAUGGAGUUGGAUUCGGUCGAACAGACAGCACGCCUCACAGAGGAACGUGCGCGGUUGGUGCUAGCCUGCUUGAAUACGUUCAAGAGCAGGACAGCGGUCCCACUGAAACUCUUUCAGAGGCUCCUGGGGCAUAUGGUGGCCACAGCGGCACUUACACCGCUCGGCCUAUUACAUAUGAGACCGCUCCAGCACUGACUUUAUGGCCGAGUCCCGAGGUGGGCGUGGAAGCGCGGCACUCACCGGGUCCAAGUUACACCGGCCUGUCGCCAAACCCUCACUCCGUGGUCAGAUCUUGCAUUUGUCUGGGCAGGGGUACCCCUAGAGCAGAUCUCCAGGCAUGCUGUGGUUUACACGGAUGCCUCCACCACUGGCUGGUGGGCCACGUACUACGGGCAUGCAGUCUCAGGGGCUCAAACAUGUAUGGCUUUGUAGAACCAAUUAAGCUGCUAGGAGCAUCCAUUUCGGCUGUAGCGGUGACAGUUGAGUGUGACGACGGCAGCUUUCCCGCGAGUGGGCGUGGUUUCAGCGCAGCCAGCGGACACGCCCGCAGCGUUUGA